CAACCUUUGGGACUUUCUUCGUGGAUUAAUCCAGAACAACCAAUAUCUGCAACCGAAACUGAAAGAUUAAUUAAACCCGAAACACAAGAUGAAUGAAUUUUGGAGCCGCCGUACUUGUGUCAUUUUGACAGGAGCAAGCAAAGGAAUAGGGCAGAGUUUAGCUGUAGAAAUCAGCAAACUUUUGAUACCAGAAUCAACUAUUGUCCUGUUGGCCAGAGAUACAAAUGGUCUUGAAAAAACUAAAGAAAUGGUGAAUAAAGAAAACAAGGACAUUUUAAUAGAAUAUUAUAGUGUUGAUUUGUACAAUUCUAAUGCAACUAUGUUUGAAAAAAUGUUGGAACCUAUUGAUUCUACUAAAUAUGAAUUAUUUGUGUUAAUACAUAAUGCAGGAUCAGUUGGUAAUUUGGAUCAUCUUACAGCUGAUAUGAAUGAUCCUGAUGAAUGGAAUAAGUAUAUGUUUUUGAAUUUAUACUCUGUUACCUGUUUAACAAGUGUCUUUUUAUCAAAAUUCGAUUGUGAUAAAACAGAAAGAUGUAUUGUCAAUAUUACUUCAUUAAUGGCAAUUGAACCAUUUAAAUCAGUUGGAUACUAUUGUGUUGGAAAAGCAAGUCGAGAAAUGUACUUUCGUGUUCUAGCUUUAGAAAAUCCUUCGUUAAAUAUUCUUAGCUAUUCACCAGGGCCAGUAUUAACAGAUAUGUAUAUAAAUAUUAGUUCCAACUCAAAAGAUGAUAUAGUGCGCGAACAGUUUUCAAGUGGAAAGCAACAAAAAAAUCUAGUGAAAGUUGAAGAUACUUGUCGAAAACUUGUGAACACAUUAGCGAUGAGAAAUUAUAAAAGUGGUGGAAGAGUUGAUUAUUUUGAUGUAUAAAUUUAUUAUGUAGUUAUUAUUAUUCAAUCAUUUUUAAAAUCAUUUUAUAUAUUUAUUAUUUCUACAUUAUUCUCUACUCUUUUGUAAUGAUUACAUUGAACUAAAAAUAACUUAAACGUUUAAAUUUUUAUAUUUAAGUUUCAUAAUAUUAAUAUAAUAAAAAUG